AUGAUGAAUCCAUAUACCGACGUUAUAAAAUAUGACGAUGGCAUUCGCGAUCCAAAUGAUGUUUCAACUGUUCUCCCUGACGUUCAGUCUGAUAACACUCCUUCUCCUGAACAUGUGUCCACUUCGGAUAAGGGUAUGACCAGUACAUUGUUGUUAGCUGUUCUUGCGGCAAUUAGUGGCACUUCUUUUCAUUUUGGCUAUGCAUCGGGUGUGAUAAAUGCCCCGCAAGAUUUUAUUGAGAGUUUUAUCAACGAAACGAAUCAUCGGCGAGAUCCCGAUACAAAAGUUAGUGCAUCAACUGUCACGUUAAUCUUUUCGUUAGCUGUUUCGGUCUUUGCUUUAGGUGGAAUGGUGGGCGGUCUGUUCGGAGGCUUUAUCACCGAAAGAUUAGGACGAAAGGGUGGAAUGUAUUUGAAUACGGUCGUAUCAUUUGUUGCCUGUGUUCUCAUGUUCAUUUCGAAGCCAAUUCAUUCGUAUGAAGUUUUGAUUAUUGGACGAUUUUUCCUUGGACUCGCAUGUGGCUAUGGGUCGUCGGUUGCUCCAACUUAUAUCAAUGAAGUUUCUCCUGUUCGCUUACGUGGCACACUCGGAGCUUCGUUUCAAUUAGGAAUUGUUAUCCUUCUAUUUGUUUCGCAAGUGAUGAGUUUGGAACAAGUAUUAGGUUCUCAAGACAAAUGGCAUUAUGCGUUAAGUUUACCAAUUGUUUUCAGCGUUCUACAAGUAAUUCUACUCUUGUUCGUUCCAGAAAGUCCAAAAUAUUUGCUGCUGAAAAAGAACAGCCCAGAAGAUGCUGAAAAAGCGCUUCGAUGGCUUCGCGGACAUCCGAAUGUUCAUCACGAAGUCACCGCUAUGCAAGUCGAACAAAGUCAAAAUCAACAAGCGGCUCGAAUGCUUGAUUUGUUUACAACACCUACUGUUCGUUGGGCACUGUUUAUAGCUGUGUUCCUUCAAUUAUCUCAGCAAUUAUCUGGUAUCAAUGCUGUUAUUUACUACUCAACGGCUAUUUUCAAAACAGCUGGCUAUGAUAAGUCACAAUCGGAAUACGCAAAUUUAGGUCUAGGUGCAACCAAUAUCGUAGUUACUAUAAUCAGCGUUUUCCUCAUGGAUCGUCUUGGUCGACGUAUUCUUCACUUAACUGGCAUCACAGGAAUGUUUUUCACAAGUCUGAUAUUAGUUAUAUCUCUGUUGGUUCAAGCCACUCCAUUCUGGAAUAAAGUCUCGCUGGUUACAACUAUUCUAUUUGUAGCGUUUUUCGGCGUUGGACCUGGUUCAAUUCCAUGGCUAAUUACAGCGGAGUUAUUUAAUCAAGCAUAUCGUGUGCCGGCAUCGAGUAUUGCAGUAUUAGUCAACUGGUCAGCUAACUUUGCAGUUGGUCUCGGUUUUAAACCACUGUUUACGAAUGCUCUUCAUGAAUACACAUUCUUUUUAUUUACGGGUUUUUUAUUAAUCUUUUUCCUCUUAACAUUUUUCUUCGUGCCAGAGACGAAAGCAAAAGAUGUAGAAACUAUCUAUGCCGAAAUCAACGCCGGUCAAGUCUGGCGAAAACGACAAGCGCCUGUGCAAUUUAUCGAAAAUCGUUUCGGUCAAGAGAGCUCUGUGAAUUACAGACCUUUACAAUCAGCAUAA